CACUUUCUGUCCUGCCUUGGUGUUAAUAUUUACCCGCUGGUUAAUCUCGGGGGAUCUGGUGUCUGACUUUGUACCGUGCGCAGGACAACUUUCCAAAACGUUGAGAGGUGUGUUUGAAAGCUGUGGCAAUGUUUGUAGAGACAAGUUAAAAGUUUCAUGUCUUUUUAAUCUUCACCAAGAGCGAUUCCUGCGAUGGCUCCAGAGCUGCUGACUGUCCUAGUGGCUUCAGGGUCCUGUGUGGCAUUUUGUUUGGUGAUCCUGAUGCUGGUGGUGGCCCUGUACAGAAAAGAUCCUCUGUGCUGCAUAUUCAGACCCUCCACAACAGAGCACUACACAGAUGAUCCUCCUCAUUACCACAGCAGGCACUCUUUGAUUGGCAUCACUAAUGAGCACAGCGCUGCCAUGAACCAGGGAGCUAUUGGAGCACAGCUUCCCAGAAGACUGUUUAUAAUAGGGAAGCCAAAUGACUACCACCUGAAUGGGGCUCUGCCGAGGCUGCCUUCCUAUGAGAGCGUUCGUAAGAAGGACCGGCAGAGACAUAUCCACAGUAUGAUCUCACAACGCUUUGGCCUUAGUGGCUGCCAUGAUGAGCCUCCACCAACGUAUGAAGAGACCCUUCGCCAGUCCCUUGACAUUUUACCUGUGAAUCUGCACUCCCUGGAUGUUCACCUGUCAAUGCACCCCCAAGAUCACUCCUCAAACCUCACUGAAGACACACACAACCCCAUUCAACCACCCACACCGCCACAGGGACCAACUUCCUCCCGAUGCCCAGCACAUAGCUCCACGUUUCUGUCAAUCUGAAAGUCUGCUGUCAAGCCACAGCAUGAGGAAAGGGGCUACUUUUGUUCGAGCCAAGCGAGUGACGCCAUGAGACACAAGAGAAGAGUUUCUGGAAGAGCUGUUGAUAGAUCUCUGUGAUCCUUCUUAGAGGUAUUCUCAUGAUAAUGACUCUGGCUAUACACUCCACAAGGGUGACAAUGACACAGCUCUGCUUUGUCCAUUCAAUUCCUGGCAGGUUUUACAUUGUGUUUUUCCAAGAAUGGCAUAAUGGGAGGAUGGAUUUAAAGGCUUGACAAAUGUGAUUCCUUAGAGACAAUCAGGUUAUUUUUGUUCUGAAGACUUUUAUUCCACAUGUUUGAAUUCAACAGAUUUUAUAUUAAUUAAAUCCUUAAUGGUCA